UAUGUAUAUUAUGAAUGAGGAAGAGAGAGAGAGCAAAUGAAACAGGAAACCUAGCCAGAUCAUCUAUUGUGUAUAAAGGAGCUGCUACCUCAGACCUCAUUAAUUAUAUUGAUCAUAUUAGUCACUCAAUCAUGGCUCAAAUGAACUUUGUGUCCAACUGGGAGGGUGUUGAAUCAGUACCUGAAAGUUAUGUUUGGCCGCAGGAGAAGAGGCCGGGCAUUGCACUUAAGAAGACGAUUCCCGUGCUUGAUUUUGCAACACAGGAUCGAGCUCUUCUCUUCCAAAAAAUUCUCGACAGUACUCACGAGUUCGGAGUUUUUCAGGUGAUAAACCAUGGAGUAUCAAAGAAAUUAGUAGAAGAGACAAUGAGUGUUUUUAAGGAGUUUCAUUCGAUGCCACCACAAGGUAAAAGAAGGGAAGUUUCCAAAGACAAUAAAAGCUGCAAAGUUUUCACAAGCUCAAACAAUUAUGAGAAUGAACAAACACACUUGUGGAGAGAUUGCUUGAGUUUAACUUGUUAUCCUGAUCUGCAUCAAAACAUUCAUUCUUGGCCUCAAAAUCCUCCUAAAUUAAGAGAGGUGGUCGGAGCGUAUUGUAUUGCAAUGGAAAAGUUUUCUCGAGAGAUAAUAGAUCUGAUAAGUGAAGGGUUGGGCCUUGGGCAAGGCUACUUCGAGGGAGAAAUGAGUUCGUACCGAAGGUUAACAGCAAACCACUAUCCAAUAUGCCCAAACCCUAGUUUGACUAUGGGAUUGAAUCAACAUUGCGAUCGGGACCUCAUGACCAUCUUGUUUCAAGAUGUCAGUGGUCUUCAAGUCUUCAAGGAUGGCCAUUGGAUUUCUAUAGAUCCUAUUGAUGAUGCAUUUGUGGUUAACUUUGGCUACCUUUUAGAGGUCAUUAGCAAUGGAAAGCUCAAGGCAGUAGAACAUCGAGUCGUGACAAACGCAGAGGCAUCUCGACAAAGCUUUGGGUAUGUUAUUUUUCCUGAGAAAGAGAUGAUAAUAGAACCAGCAAAAUGUUUGAUAAAUGAAGCCAAUCCUCCACAUUAUCGUUCCUUUAAGGUUGAAGACUUCAAUAGGCAUUUUUUUGCUGUGUCAAAUAAUAAUGAGGAAACAAUGAAGUUUAUAUUAGCAUAAACAUGCCACGUUUUAAUAAGUUGUUCAGUUGAUUACUACUUUGUUAUAUAUCUAGUUGUAAUGUAAAAGAAAAACUAUACCAUAUAUGCUUACUAGGAAAUGGAAUUAUUGUUUUUCAGAAGAGUUCUAGAUAAGUCGAAGGAUUAGAGUGGCUGCCCUUGAAUGUUGACAUGUUGAUGAUUUCAUAAUGAAAAAAUCAAGAAAACUCACACUUCUUAUAAGAUAUAUAGAAUGGAAUACUUCUCUUAUUGUCAAUUGAUCAUUUUGAGAUAGAAUAUCA